AAAAUACAAAAAAGAAUAUUAUCAAACGAAAAUUGCAGUGCCCAGGGACAACCAUUGUGAGAGCUGAGAAUGAGGAGUCCAAGUGCAAAACGAGUGUCUCAGUCUCUGUCUGCUCACAACAUCAAAGCUCUCUUCAAUUCAGUCGAGGCCUUUCUCUUCGAUUGUGAUGGUGUAAUUUGGAAGGGCGAUAAGCUCAUUGAUGGAGUUCCACAAACAUUGGACAUGCUUCGAUCCAAGGGAAAGAAGCUGAUUUUUGUGACCAAUAAUUCCUCCAAAUCAAGAAGACAAUAUGCUAACAAGUUCCAUUCUGUUGGACUCUCAGUUGCCGAGGACGAAAUAUUUUCCUCAUCUUUCGCAGCUGCCAUGUACUUGAAAGUGAAUAACUUUCCGCCAGAAAAGAAGGUUUAUGUAAUUGGUGGUGAAGGCAUAUUAGAAGAGUUACAACUUGCUGGAUAUACAGGUCUUGGGGGCCCUGAAGAUGGAGAAAAAAGGGUACAAUUGAAAUCGAAUUACCUCUUUCAACAUGAUAACAGUGUUGGAGCAGUUGUGGUUGGAUUAGACCCAAACAUUAACUAUUACAAGCUUCAGUAUGGAACCCUUUGCAUUCGUGAGAAUCCUGGGUGCCUUUUUAUUGCUACAAAUCGUGAUGCAGUGGGACAUAUGACUGAUUUACAAGAGUGGCCUGGUGCGGGAUGUAUGGUUGCUGCCAUGUGUGGGUCAACUGAAAGAGAGCCUAUUGUAGUUGGAAAACCUUCAACUUUUAUUAUGGAGUUUCUAUUAAAGAAAUUUCAGAUUGAUACCUCCAGAAUGUGUAUGGUGGGUGAUAGAUUAGACACUGAUAUUUUAUUUGGACAGAAUGCCGGGUGCAGAACUCUCCUUGUUCUUUCAGGUGUGACAACUCAGUCUACUCUGGAAAACCCUGCAAACAACAUCCAACCAGAUUAUUAUACAAGUCAGGUUUCUGACAUUCUUGAAUUACUGGGGCAUUAACCUGAUUACUGAUUAGGGAUUACUGCUCAAUUAUUGUCUGUUUGUCUCAUGUUCUAAUAUAAAGGAUUAGAAAGCAUUCAAGAAAAGUCAGCAGAGAAUAAACUAGAGGAAGUAUAAAAAAAUAAUAAUCAAGCGUGAUACGACUGUGUAUCCUUGACUUAUGAAAUAAAUGUUAAAUUCAUUUGUGAUGAGGA